ACAUGUAACCCUUCUUGCGCACAUGUUGACUUCCGUUUCUCGCCUACCCUUUCUCCUCUCCGCUACCGCCCUCUUCUCCGUCGGCUCUCCGUCCAGAUGCCUUCGCACCACCACCGAGAAACUAAUCGAUGCUGCUGCUGCUGUUCAAUCCACUCUUCACCACCACCCCAUCUGACCACAUCUGAUCAACUCCUCCAAGCCCUGGCCAGCCACCUGCUCCUCCAAUCCCAGAAUCCUCCCACUCUUUCCGACGGUCACUGCCUUAAGCCCCAGCAACACCCACCACCACUGCAUUCCUUCUUCCAAAUUCAUCAACUUGGUGAUGAUCAUCUUCCUCCUGCUCCUCCUCAUUAUCAUCGUCAUGAACAGCAGCAGCAGCAGCAGCAGUUCUAUCAGCAUCAAGCUCAACCUCUUAUCGAAUCCCUCCUCCGCCGCAUCGCCGCCCUCGAAUCCUCUUUCCCCCAUCUCUCCUCGCCCAUUUCGUCUCCUUCUCCUCUUCCUUGUCAUGGACGACAGCGACAAGAAAGACCUUUGACCCCAUCACCGCCGUCUUCUUUUGCUUUGUCGCUUCGAGAUUUGGCGGCGCGGAGAAUCCAAGCCUCGUUCCGCCGUUUUCUUCUACGGAGAUCCCAGACACUCCGCCACCUGAAGGACCUCGCCGCCAUGAAAUCAUCAGUCGCCGCCUGUAGAUCCGCGCUCUCCGACGAGACCCACGUCGAUCCCAGAUACCUCACCGAGAAAGCCAUGGAUCUUCUCCUUCGACUGGAUGCCAUCCAGAGCGGCGACCCGAUGGUUCGGGAAGGGAAGCGGUCGAUCAGCAGAGAACUAGUCCGCAUGUUGGAUUUCAUCGAUAAGGUGGUAGUCAAAGGGCACCAGCUGUCUCUGGACGCGAUCGAGAUCACUGGGAAUUGCGGAAUCGAAAGAGAUUCUGUGGAGGACAUGAGAAGAGAAAUUGUAGGAACCGAGGAAGUUCCGAAGCUUGCCAAAAAAGUGAGCUUUUUGGAAGACGGGAAGAGACCAAGGUUCUCUCUUAGCGGCCUCCACCAGCUUGAGGAGGAACUCAUCGAUGCUGGCAAUCAAACUGCUCCACCGGAGAGCUUGGGCGGGGAAAUUACGAGCACCGAAUCAAGCGAUCAUCUGGGACCAGAAAGGUUUCAUGAGAUCAGCAAUGGUGACUGGAGCUCGGAAAGUUCCAUAGAGAAUGGUGGCAAAUAUGUGAAGGGGAAGCAUUUCCAGAAUCAGAAUGGAAAGUUAGGCCUCUCUGCUCCCUUGCCUCUGCAAAUGGAGCUGCGGAAAACUUAAUUCCAUCUUUGGUAAUGAAUGCAUCAAUCUUGAAGUCAAGAGAUUAGAACUGUUUGCUUCAUCCAUCUUUGGUCCUUUGCCUACUGGAAGUUGGGGUUUGGAGAAGAGCUGCUUCUGCUUGGUAUGUUUGUUCCUUCUUGUGCUAUGGUAUUGUCUUCUAAGAAUUGUUAGAAGUGUGAAGAUUAGCAUGCUUCUAAUUAUCUGAUAUCUUUGUUCCUUA